AUGGUGGAUCCUCAUCGCAAAAUCAACAACCUAACAGAAGAGCACAGAGCCUUCCUAGCAGAGUGCGAGCAAGAAUUUGCAGACAGAUACACAGAAAAUGAUCCCGAGUUCAAAACCUAUCUAGAAAAGAAACCAAGUGUGCCCCCCAUAGUCGACCCUUGGCAAGGGUCUCAGAAAAGGACAUACGACAACCAUCGUGGAGGCAGGGGCAGGGGCUAUUUCAGACACCGAGGAGGUGGUGGAAGAUAUAAUAAUAAUAGAGACGGUGGUGGAGGUGGUUAUCAUAGACAGAAUAAUUAUCAAGGCGAUAAUUAUAAUAAUCACAGAGGCGGCGGCGGUGGUGGUUUUGGUGGUUAUUAUAGAAGGAAUCCCCAUGGUAAUAAGUUUUAUGGGGAUCGUAAUAGACCUUAUUGA